AUGGAGUCGUUGCUGAAAAAGGGCAAAGGCAAAAUAGGCAAGACAAAGGCAAAAAGUAAGCCUAUCAUUCGUAGAGACUUCUGGAGUGUCGUCACCGGCCGAAAGUCGAUGUUCUUGAGGACAAGAUGGGAGUUCACACCUCCGAAUUUCCGCUACUCGUCGAUGAGGAACGGUGGAAUUACCCCGCUGAACAUCGACACGUCUACUUUAUUCGGCAUGGACGAAGGCGACAGUGACGAAGGCGAUGAUGAGGACCUCCCCACUGAACGCACUCUGAAAAAGGAAACGGAGGCUCCGAAAAAGAUCGCAGGAGUUUCUAGUGCAAAGGUGAAAGGGGGCAAUCUCGAGCACACGCCAGGAAGAGAGACCACCAGGGAGUCGAGUAGAAGGCAAAAAGUGUCCAUCGAUGUAAGUAAAGGAACGAUUCAUCGAGGAAAAGCUGUCAUGAGCGAGGAAAAACAUGACAUUUUGCCUGAGAGCUACAAACCUUCGAGCACCAUGAAGCCGACUCCUACUGCUGUAACAGUUGCUGCUAGUGAAGCUGCUCAUGAAAAAGAACCUCUUGAUGUCGGGAAAGAUCAGAAUUCUCAGGAGGCAGAACCUGUGGACGCGAUGAAACUCCCAUCACUGGCUUUACCCACAGAACCUAGGUAUGGCCAGCCACCUCUCCCAACUGCUGCAGCGAGUGAUGAAAUAGUCGUUACGGAUCCUGACACCACAGAACCUAGUGAUAACCACUCACCUACUCCAACUACACCAGCGAGUGGCGAAAAAGUCGUUACGGACCCUGACGCCCUUUUGGAGGAGAUCACCAGUCUCUCGAAGGAGGUGACUCAGGUGGUGGAGCUAGAUGAUGAUUUGGAGCCUCACCAGCUCAUUACGGAUACUGAAGUCGUUCUGACAAAGGUGGACCGUCCUUUAGAGGACGAGACACAAGCAGUGAAACCUGAUGAAAACCUGCAGCCUCUGAGCUCUCAGCAGAAAUCAGGCACGAGCAGGACCAAGAAACACAACCGUCGAGUUCGAGAAGAAGUCAGACAACAAUCAAACCUCGGAAACCGAAGAUUGGCAUUGAGAAAGAAUUACGAUGAUGACGACGACAUCAACUAUGAUCAAGAGCUCGACACACAAGCAGCGUUUUAUCCAACAGCAGUCGAAAACAACACCGUCAAGCCUGGUUUGGCAAAGGACGCAGCAGAUCGGGAUACUCUUGUGCUCAUCUACAGUCUACUGGCGUCCAUUUCUAUCUUCACAUUGAUGUCCAUACUGAUAUGUUUUGUAUGGUGCAGGAAAACUGGCCAUUUAACGAUAACCAAACCGUUGUACUAA